GACGACGGGGUGAACCCCCGCGAGUCGGGACAGCGGCAGGAGGAACUCUAUUUUACCAGAAUUGCCCUUCUCAUGGUCUGUAUUGGUAAAUUGUAAGACUGUCCAUCCGGUCUUCUUCUUCUGUUCUGCGGGAUCCCACGCCGAACGAACGAGGACAUAUCGGUAAUUCGGCGAUCGCGGUUUGACGAGCACGGCAUUCUCUCUUCUCCAGCAAGUGCAAGGCUAACGAAGAACCGAAAGGACCAUGUACUCUUGAAAACCCUAAAAAAAGAAGAAGAACAGAAAUGGGUCGGCCCGAGCCCUGCGUCUUGUUUUCUCAAUCUUUUAUUCAUCCCCACCUCGACGAAUACGUUGACGAAGUAAUAUUUGCAGAGCCAAUUGUAAUCUCGGCGUGCGAGUUCCUUGAACAGAAUGCCUCGUCAUCAUCUCCAAUGAUAACACUUGUUGGGGCUACUUCACCUCCUUCAUUUGCUUUGGAGGUUUUUGUUCAGAGUGAAGGGGAGCCUCGCUUUAGGCGUCUUUGUCAGCCUUUUUUAUAUUCUCAUUCUUCGUCCAACGUGUUGGAAGUUGAGGCUGUAGUUACAAACCAUUUGGUAGUAAGAGGCAGCUACCGCAGCCUUACCUUGGUGGUAUAUGGAAACACUGCAGAGGAUUUGGGACAGUUUAACAUAGAAUUUGAUUUGGAUAAUUCUUUGGCCAACUUAGUUUGUUCACCUGCAGAGGGAAAGCUUGAAGACCUCCCUCCUGCAUUGAAUUUAAGUAGCUUGACAUUUGAGCAAUCCAUGUGUUCUCCAAAGUCAUUGUCUCUUCCAGUUGCUGAACCAGAUCUUUCAGUCGAAAUGAAGCAGUUUCUGCAUUUGACUCUUAAGAUUUGUCAACUGUCUGAUCAUGAGGAUACUAUUCAGAAACUUGCAAGUAUUGUAGCAUUAGCAGUCUCUUCCUAUGUGUCUAGCGAUUUAUGUGGCACAAUGACAACUUCGAAUCAACACAAGCAGGGUCGCAUUAGAAGUCCCAAAAGGGAAUCCGAGCGCGUUCUUACCGAUGCUAGAAAUGAGUUGCUUGAACUCUACAAGAUGCUGCAGCAAGCAUCAGUGAAUGCGCCAGAUGAGUUACUGGGGGAGGGCAUCCUUCUUGAAUCUGCGGUAGAUUUGCCAACUCCUGAACUACUAGUAGAUGUUUUCAACCACUGUUUCCUCUUUAAAAGGAAAUCUCCAACCAUUGGACUUCCAUUGCUUUCUCAGAAUGAAAACAUGAUUGUAGGAUUAAGUGUGGUUCUUCUCUCGUGUUCCGGAAGAGAAAGUUGUUUUCAUUUUGUUAACGGUGGUGGAAUGGAGCAACUAGCCCAUUUUUUCUCUCCUGAGACCCAUAAAUCAACAGCCAUUACAUUAAUGCUGCUUGGAGUUGUUGAGCAUGCUACAAGAUAUGCCAUUGGGUGUGAAGGAUUUUUGGGGUGGUGGCCACGUGAAGAUGAGAAUGUGCCAAUUGGUAGCAGCGAAGGCUAUAGCCAAUUAUUGAAGUUGUUAUUGCAAAAGCAACGGCAUGAUGUUGCUUCUCUUGCAACAUAUAUCCUACAUCGCUUGCGCUCGUACGAAAUCGCAUCUAGAUAUGAGUCUGCAAUAUUGUCUGUAUUAGGAAAUCUCUCUGCUGUUGGAAGGGUUACAGGUGUUAGUUUAAAUUCACUUGCCACCGCCAAUUCUCAGCUCAAAAGACUCCUGAAAUUGUUAAAUUUGCGUGGGCCAAUUGAAGAUCCUUCACCUGUGUCUUCUGCAACUAGAUCGCUUAUUCUUGCCCAGUCAGAGGGGUUGUUAUCUUAUGGAGCAACAAUUAACUUGAUUGCAUCAUCUAAAUAUUGCUUUUCUAACUGGGAUAUUGACACACACUUGUUGUCGCUUCUCAAGGAGAGAGGAUUUCUUCCUUUAUCAGCUGCUUUGUUGUCAUCUCCUGUUUUACGUUCAGAAAUAGGCCGCCCUAUGGACAUUUUUGUGGACAUCGCGGCAUCGAUUGAAGCCAUACUUCUUUCUCUUCUCUUUUGUCGAUCAGGCUUAAUUUUCCUGCUCCUUCAGCCAGAAGUAUCUGCUGCUUGCAUCCUUUCACUUCAAGGUGUUGAAGAUGUGGAUAAGGCAGAGUGUGUGCCUCUUAGAUAUGCGGCUGUCUUGAUAUCAAAGGGUUUCAUUUGUCGUGUCCAGGAAAUUGGAGUGGUUACUGAUCUCCAUCUUAGAGUCGUAAAUGCUAUUGAUCGUUUGCUUGCAGCAACUCCUCACUCUGAAGAACUUUUAUGGGUUCUGUGGGAACUCUGUGCACUUUCCAGGUCUGAUUCUGGACGUCAGGCAGUGUUGGCUCUAGCAUACUUUCCAGAGGCAGUUGUUGUUUUGAUGGAAACAGUACGCUCUAUCAAGGAGUUGCAGCCGGCAGCCCCAAAUCAUGGAACCUCUCCGUUAGGUCUUGCAAUAUUUCACUUAGCUUCUGAGCUUUUUGAAAUCAUGGUUACCGAUUCAACUUCUUCUUCUCUUUUUGCUUGGAUUGGACAUGCCGUGGAGCUUCAUAAGGCCCUACAUUCAUCUUCCCCGGGAUCCAAUAGAAAGGAUGCUCCUACAAGGCUGUUGGAAUGGAUAGAUGCUGGUGUAGUGUAUCACAAAAAUGGGGCUGUUGGACUUCUUAGAUAUGCUGCUGUUUUAGCAUCUGGAGGGGAUGCUCAGCUUACUUCAACAAGCAUUCUAGUAUCUGAUUCAAUGGAUGUUGAGAAAGUUGUUGGAGAUUCAGCAAGUGGUUCAGAUGUACAGGUAGAGAGUCUGCUGGGGAAGCUUGUCUCUGACAAGUUCUUUGAUGGGGUUCCUCUCCGUGAUUCUUCUAUCGCACAAUUGACAACAACAUUUCGUAUCUUAGCAUUCAUUUCAGAAAAUUCGGCUGUAGCUGCUGCUCUUUAUGAAGAAGGUGCAGUGACGCUUAUAUAUGUGGUUUUGGUCAAUUGUAAGUCCAUGCUUGAGCGGUACUCCAACUCCUAUGAUUACCUUGUUGAUGAAGGAGCAGAAAGCAAUUCUACCUCAGAUUUGCUAUUGGAACGCAGUCGUGAGCAGAGCCUAAUUGAUCUUAUGAUUCCUUCUCUAGUACUACUAAUUACCCUCCUGCUGAAGUUACAGGAAGCUAAGGAGCAGCAUCGGAAUACAAAGUUACUGAAUGCCCUUCUGCGUUUGCAUCGAGAAGUAAGUCCCAAAUUAGCAGCACGGGCAGCAGACUCAUCAUCUCCAUAUCCUUGUUCUGCGCUUGGUUUGGGAGCUGUCUGCCGUCUUAUUGUGUCUGCACUUGCUUGUUGGCCAGUAUUUAGUUGGACUCCUGGGCUAUUUCAUUGCUUACUUGAAAGUGUGCAAGUGACUUCAUCAUUAGCCUUGGGUCCAAAGGAAGCAUGCAGUUUGCUCUGUCUUCUGGGUGAUCUAUUCCCAGAAGAAGGUAUAUGGCUUUGGAAGAAUGGGAUGCCAUCAUUGAGUGACCUAAGAUCGUUGAGUAUUGCAACGUUGUUAGGGCCUGAAAGGGAGAGGGACGUUGACUGGUACUUACAACCUGGACACCUUUCAGUGCUGCUCAGCCGGUUGACACCAUUACUUGAUAAGAUUGCACAAAUUGUCCUGCAUUUUGCUUUUACAGCUUUGGUUGUCAUACAAGACUUGCUGCGAGUUUUUAUAAUUCGCAUUGCAUGCCAAAAGGUUGACAGUGCUCUUGUUCUGCUUCGACCAAUAAUUUCAUGGAUUGAUGACCAUGUUUCCAAGUCUUCUGUUUCUGAUAAAGAUAUUUUCAAGGUGCUUAGAUUGCUUGAUUUUGUUGCGAGUUUGUCAGAGCAUCCACGUGGCAAGGCACUGCUGUUGAAGGAGGGCGCUGUUGGGAUAUUCAUAAAAGCACUGCAGAGGUGUAUUGAUGCAUUUGAUUCAGAUGGGAAACUGAUUCCAGAAAGCAGAAUUCCAGCAAAAAGUGAUGUUAGCUUUCUUAGUUGGUGUUUCCCUGUAUUCAAGUCCUUGGCAUUGAUUUGUGAUCCUCAAACACCCCUGGAUCACUCUGCAGUAUAUGAUAAGUCCUCUUUUGAAAAAUUGAGCAUUGAAGAUUGUUCCUUGAUCGGGUGUAAUCUCCUUAAAUUAUGUCAGUUUCUGCCAGUUGGAAGGGAAUUGCAAGCUUGUCUAAUAGCCUUCAAAGAAUUAGCCUCCACCAGUCCAGGUAGAAGUGCUCUUGCUUCCAUCUUUCGAAAGGUCCAAUCUUCUUCUGUUGAGGAUGUAGAAGCAGGGAGAGGAAAAGAAGUGGAUGUAAAUGAUAAUCUCUCUGAUGAAUACAAUUGGAGAAGAUGCCCUCCCUUAUUAAUUUGCUGGAGAAAUUUAUUAAGAUCGAUUGAGGCAAAGGAUGUUUUCUCAGUAUAUGCCAUUGAGGCUGUCAGUGCACUGUGCUUGGUUGCUUCAUGCCUGUGCGGCGAGGGUAAAAAUUUGGAGGGCGUUUUGCUAUUGAAAUGCCUCUUUGGGCUUCAUUGUGAUUUGAAUGGAACUGAUGACUGUCCUGAAGAAAAGUUGAAGGAUGUGCAUGAAUUGUUAGCUCUGUUGGAUGUGACAAUAGGUGAGGAUGAAUACUCGAAGUCUCCAACUACGAAGACCUCUUUAUGUCAGGUUAAGGAAUCUGUAGAAUCAAUGUUGUUGUUGCUAGAGAAACCUGUGGAUUCAGUUAAGGUGGAAAAUGCGACUUCUAGUGAAGGUUUUCCUUCAUCAAAAGAAGUUUCCAUUCCUUCAAAGAUCUUUUCACUCCAUUCACUAAUGCCUUCUGUAAUUACGACAAGUACCUUGGAUGAUGAAGCUGGAUUGGCUCUUUCAAGGAUCAGAAGGUCAGAGGGGAAUGCAGAAAAAGCUGGCAACUACAUUUCCUUGGGAGGUCUUGCAGACAACUUUUUGUGGGAAUGUCCUGAUACAUCGCCAGAUAGGCUGUUGAUGCCAGCUCUGCCUGUCAAGAGGAAAAUGACAUCGGUGGAGAGCUCGAGUAGGCGUUUGAGAGGAGACAAUUUGGGGCCUGAAAACACUGGAACAAAUGCCUUUCCGCGAGGGUUGGGGCCACCCACAGCCUCUUCUGGUCCCACUCGCAGGGAUACCUUUCGACAGCGCAAGCCAAAUACAAGCAGACCUCCGUCUAUGCAUGUGGAUGAUUAUGUUGCCAGGGAAAGAAAUGUUGAUGGUGCAAGCAGUGGCUCCAAUGUGGUAAGUUCUGUCCAGCGUGGAGGAUCUACUGGAGGGAGGCCCCCAUCAAUUCAUGUGGAUGAAUUUAUGGCCAGACAAAGGGAGCGACAAAAUCCCGUGGCCGCAUCAGUUGGCGAGGCCGCUCAAGUCAGAAGUUCAUCUGUUGAGAAUGACAAUGAUUCAGAUAAGAUUGAUAGAUCUCGGCAAUUGAAAGCUGAUCUUGACGAUGACCUUCAGGAAAUCGAUAUUGUGUUUGACGAAGAAUCUGAAUCUGAUGAUAGACUUCCAUUUCCUCAGCCAGAUGAUAAUCUGCUGCCUGCUUCUGUAAUCAUCGGGGAAAGUUCUCCACGUCCAAUUGUUGAAGAGUCUGAAAAUGAUAUAAAUGAAAGCUCUCAAUUUUCUCACCUAGGUACAUCGCCUGCAACCAAAACUGAUGGAAACUUACACUCUGACCUUCCCUUGAGAAGGUCAGUUUCCCGAGCUGAAAUGCCAAUAGCUCGAGAACCAAGCAUUUCUUCUGAGAAGCACUAUCCUGGGAUGAAUUCAGAGAAAACGUUCUUUCAUGAGCAAGGUGAUGAAACAAAGCACACAGCUCUACUACCUGCCUCCAAGGGAUUUGAUGCCAACACAGCUACACACUCGCCUGCAUUCCCUUCUCAAUUCUACAACAAGGGUCCUAUAUCAUCACCUGUACAUCCAUUAGGAGAUUCUAGGCCGACCCAGCCUGCUUUUUAUCAGAAGGACAGUCCACAUCAAGCAACUAAUGUUCCUUUAGCUACUGGAUCUCAAGGGUUCUAUGAACAGAAGCUUCCAGUCAACCAGCCACCUUUACCCCCUCUCCCCCCACCGCCAGCAGUCUCACCCAUACCAUCUCAAUCUGUCGAAGCUGUUCAAGCCCAUUCAUCUCCUUACGGCCACUCUGUAAGAGAUGCGUUACCACCUCUUCCUACAGUUCACCCAUUGCAAGCAUUCAAUGUCAGUGGUCCUAGCACCAUUCCUGUUCUGCAUGUUAGAGAAGAUAGACAUGGUGCAGCUUUAUUGUUGCCUUCUGCUAGCUUGUCUGCGUUCUCAGAUUCGCUGAAUCCUCCUUUUCAGCCACAGAUCCAUACAGAGUACCAAUCUACGGCUGGUACUUUAUUAGCGACUCCCCAUCCAAUGCUUGAGUCGAAAUAUUCAUGGGCUACUAUUUCUUCCGGUAGUAGACUGCAAGAUGAGGCCAACCCUUCAACUGGAUCUGGGAGACCACCUCCACUCCCUCCUAUGCCUCCUCCAUACUCAGCUCCUCAAGUUACACAAUCAUCUAUGAAAAGUUCCAGCUCCCAGUCUCCGUUAUACAAUCAGACGAGUGUUGGGAUCCAGCUCCCUUUACCGUCCACACCCUUAACUGAUUCACGGUUAGGAGCUUUUUCUGCAACAUCUGUAGGCGGAAGCAGUCUAUCUUAUCCGCUUCCUCCAUUUGGACCACCCUCGAUGGUUGCUAGGCCCACUUCUAUACCUGGAUCUCUCUUUACCACCGCGCCGAUGAUGCAGCAGCAGCCGUCGCAGCAGGGCCAGAAUACACCAAGUCUCUCACUACCUGGCCCCAAUCCUCAACCUUCCGUUCAGUCGAUACAACCUCGUCCACCAUUGCAACCGCUUCAGCCACCGCUGCUUCGUCCUCCGCAUCUUCUUCAGCACCCUAGGCUGUCUUCUAUUCAAGUUUCUCAACCACAGUCGGAACAAGGGAUUCCAUUGCAGCACAGCCCUAUUCAAGUGCAGCUGCCGCCAUUGCAGCAGAUUCAGCAACAGCUCCCAAUUUCUCAGAUGCAUGUUUAUUACCAACCCCAACAGCAAGAGCACCUUUCGCUACUUUCUCAGCAAUUGCAGGCAGAGCAGACUCAGCCACAAUCUCUGCAUCAGCAAGGGGAUAGUGCAUUGUCCCAGCAGCAACAAGAUUCAGGGAUGACACUGCAGCAAUACUUUUCCUCUCCGGAAGCCAUUCAGUCUCUAUUGAGUGACAGAGACAAGCUUUGCCAGCUUUUAGAGCAGCAUCCAAAAUUGAUGCAGAUGCUUCAGGAAAAACUGGGUCAACUGUAGCUGGGUCUUUGGAGGCAACUUGUUCAUGCUAUUGUAUUGGAAGCUUAUUUCCGGGCCAGUAACAGACUAACCACUAACAAUUGCAAUCCACGGUGGGUAUUCUGGUUUAAUGGAUAUUAUGUAGCGGGAGCCAAGCAAGAGUCCUCAAGCGCCCUUUGCAAGUAUCAAUGUAUUUCAUAUGUGAUUUUUAUAUGCCCGUGUUCCAUUUUGUACGGUAUGUGAAUAAUUUUACUUAAUCAUUUUUAUUUAUUUUU